AUGGUGUCUACUUCAACGCUUUCUCUCUCUUCUCAUCCAAAGAUUAAUUUCGGAUUGCGAAACAAACGCAGAACCGAUGUUGGGAGCGUAAGCUCAGAAACGAGCAGUAAUGGCAUUGCGCCUGGUGUUAACUCCCCUUUUGCACUGGUUAGUUUCGCCUCGAGGAUGUUGCAGUCGAAAAAGUUCCUCGUUAAAGCAGCGGCCGCAGGCUCUGCUGAUCGCAAUUCCCGCCCUGGCAGCAGCUCUCGCAGAGAUUAUCAGCAGAGUCAAGUGCAGGCUCCACUUGCUCCCCUGAAAGACAUUUCUUCGUUUGUUCUUCCUGCCGGCGCCUUCCUCGUUGCAACUUUCGUUUUGGGGAAACUGAUGGAGAAAAUCCUUCUACCAAAACCCUCUACACCUGUAUCUGAAGAGAAUAAACCUGCGCAAGGGAUGAAGUGGUCCUUUGCCCCCGGUACAAACUUGUUAUCAUCAUUUGGUGAAAAAAUUGAAAGGGAAUCCAAACUGAGGCUAAAUGACAUUGCAAAAGAGCUCAGGUCAUUUCCAAUCGUUGAUAUGGCGGGUCAAAAAUUUGGAGAUGAAGGACUGUUUUUCCUUGCUGAGAGCUUAGCUUAUAAUCAAACUGCUGAAGAAGUUAGUUUUGCUUCAAACCUGAUUACUGCCGAUGGAAUAAAGGCAUUUGAUGGAAUUUUGCAAUCAAAUGUUGCCCUUAAAUCUCUCAAUUUGUCUGGAAAUUCGAUUGGUGAUGAAGGAGUCAAAUGUUUAUGUGACAUUUUGGUUAACAAUACUGGUCUCCAGAAGCUACAGCUAAGCAGUAAUUCAUUUGGGGAUGAGGGUGCAAAAGCAAUUGGUGAGAUGUUGAAGAAAAAUUCAACAUUACGCGUCAUUGAACUGAAUAACAAUUUGAUUGAUUACUCUGGAUUUUCAGGCCUUGCUGAAGCGUUACUCGAGAAUAAAAGUAUAAUGUCCAUAUACCUGAAUGGCAAUUAUGGUGGUCCCCUUGGGGCAGCUGCUUUGGCAAAAGGAUUGGAAAAAAACAGGUCCUUGAGGGAACUGUGUCUGCAAGGAAACUCGAUUGGAGAUGAGGGAAUUCGUGCUCUGAUGUCUAGCUUGUCUUCUCGUAAAGGAAAGCUAAGAACCUUGGAUCUUGCAAACAAUUCGAUCAGUGCAAAAGGAGCUUCUCAUGUUGCUGAGUACAUUAAAAAUAGCAAGAGCUUAUUGUGGCUUAACCUAUACAUGAAUGAUAUUCGAGAUGAGGGAGCUGAAAGCAUAGCAGAGGCCUUGAAGCAGAAUCGCUCUGUAACACAUGUUGAUCUCGGAGGGAAUGACAUUCAUGCCAAAGGGAUCAGUGAAAUUGCACGAGUUCUGAAAGAUAAUUCUGUCAUUACUGCUUUAGAAAUUGGUUAUAAUCCCAUUGGGCCUGAUGGUGCGAAGGCUUUGGCGGAGGUUCUUAAAUUUCAUGGGAACGUAAAGGGUCUCAUGCUUGGUUGGUGUCAGAUCGGAGCCACUGGUACUGAAUAUAUAGCAGAUAUGUUGAAGUACAACAACACGAUAUCAAACCUUGAUCUGAGAGCGAAUGGACUAAGAGAUGAGGGUGCCAUCUGCCUUGCUCGUAGCUUGAAAGUGGUCAAUGAGGCUUUGACAUCACUCAAUCUUGGGUUCAAUGAAAUAAGGGAUGAAGGGGCUUUUGCAAUUGCUCAAGCGCUCAAGGCUAAUGAAGACAUUCGGCUGACAUCGUUAAAUCUUAUGAACAACUUCCUUACCAAAUUGGGACAGAGUGCAAUUACAGACGCAAGCGAUCAUGUAUACGAAAUGAAUGAGAAGGAGCUUACUAUUGUGUUUUAG